ACUGCUCCGCUACAUGUACAGCAAGAGCAAGAGCAAGAGACCAGCACCCAGUAAACAAACCCCGCCGUGCUGUGCUGACCCUCGCUGCCCUGCCCCGUGCUGACCCCUGCUGACCCCUGCCGACCCACGCUGACCCCCGCCGUGACCCAGCCCACACCAGGCCAUACCCAGACGCGGCGUGACCCGAGCACCAGCCGCGGACCGUCAGGAGGCGUGAGGUCGACCACGUGCAGCGUACCCAGCAUACCCAGCACAUCCCACCAUGGCCAACAAGCUGGAGGAGGCACAGAAGGAUGUGGAAGAGCUGCGCACAUUGGUGGCAUCUGCUUCCCGCAAACGUGUCCAGGAUAUGCUGGCUAAUGAGCUGCGGAGGAUGGAGAUAGAGGUGACCCAGCUUCAGGAGGCAGCGGUAAAUGCAGCCAGCUUGCAGCAACAGCAGCGGCCGAAGACAUCUGCUCCCACCAACUACACCGUCAGCAUCAGGAACUACUCUUGGGACCAGUCGGACAAGUUCACAAAGCUGUACUUGAUGCUAAAGAACGUUCAGGGUCUGGCCAAGGAGGCGGUCACCUCGUCCUUCACGGAGAAGGGCGUGGAGGUGAAGGUGGAGGGACUGGACGGCAAGAACCACCAUCUGCGCAUCAACAAUCUGGCCGCCUCCAUCAACCCCGAGGCCAGCUACCACAAGGUUAAGACAGACAUGGUGGUGGUGCUGCUGGCCAAGGCCGAGACUGGUGACAAGUGGUCCGGGGUAACAGCCGAGGAUGUGAAGGCCAACCUUGCCCGCCAGCCCAAGACUAACCCCUCAGACCCCAAUGGUGGUAUUAUGGACCUCAUGAAGCAGAUGUAUGAUGACGGUGAUGACAAGAUGAAGCAGAUGCUCAACAAGACAUGGUAUGAGAGCCAACAGAAGACCCUACGCGGGGAGCCAGGGGAGCCGGGGAUGCCAGGAAUGCCGGGAAUGGGAGGAAUGCCAGGGAUGCCGGGAAUGGGAGGAAUGCCCGGAAUGCCUGGAAUGCCUGACAUGGGCCUCUAGCUCAGCACCAGAAGGGCAUAUAUUAAGGUUGCCAGCUAGGAAUAUUAGGCAAACUCUUGUAGAUGUAUCCCCAGUCUUGGUCCUGGCACUCGUCCGGGAAUUCUGGCACUGUCUGUUUGUUGCUGCGUGCAAAUUUUGUGUCGCAUGAUUUUUUAAAUAUAUAAUUUGUUGUUUGUUAGGUCAAGAUCAUCCAUGUUGCACCAGACCCUAGCCAAAUGACCUUUUAUGUGACAAAUGCGUUCUUAGCAAAUUGUUAUCUGAGUUACUAAAUAAGGCCUUGAAAAUUACAAUUCCGCUCGGUUUGUUAAAGUUUUAUGAUUAAUUAAUUUAUUUAUUGCCCCAUCCAAAAGUUAGAAGUCAUAUUCCUCCCUCAUCCAGCACAGAUGUAAGAAAAAAACUGUACUGUGACUCUGUGCUAAUAAAACACUACAAAAAGA